CGGGGUCUUAGCGUCGUAGCUGCAUGGCGGACGGCGCAAACUCUGCACGCAUUCUACUGAAGAAGGAACUGCAUGCAUAUUGGAGAGAGCUGUUCGUCUGGAAACUAAACGCAUGUGCCUUAACUGCCUUCAAAAGAGCUCCGCAAUUCUAUACGCAUAAAUAGAGAUGGCAGACGGAGUCAGUCAGUUUGACUCAAGCCAUCGUAGGUAACGUUGUCGGCGGAGAAUCCGUUCAUGAAUUGAAAAACGGAGAACACUUCCCUGGUGAGGCAGCGUUAGUCCCCCGUGUGUCUCUACGGAUAGCCGUACAAUCUUCCCGCGGAUUCUAUACCGUUUUCUGGAUCAAGCAGGAAUUUGUGAUUGUUGUCCCUUCGUCUUGAUGAGGUUCAUCCCAAACGGUGAAGCAUACAUCCAGGAGGGUCGUCGCAUCUGGGGGGUUGACUGGCGGUGAGAAGAGAAUGAUGCAUUUGAUUCAGAAGAAAUGUCCGGGGUUCCCCCCCGGUUUCCAGCUCCCCUGUCGACUGAAGGCGAGACGUGGGCGGCUAUUCCGUCAUGAGUCGUGCACAAUGCUGUUCUCGGUUGCACUGUGCCUGACGGCUCUUGCGUCCUUCGUUCCUUUCGAGUGCUCUACACGUCGGAUGCGCACAGCAUGGGCGAACUCCGUUCUGGGUCUUGAGACGGAUCCUGAAAGGGGUGGUACGUACAGCGGUGCUACAGAAAGAGACGGCGGUGCUACAGGAGUAAAUGACACAUCUCUCGACAUGGUGCGUGAUACAAAUGCCGAAACACCAUUGGGAGAACGGAGCAAACGUCCAAGCGUCGCCGCGCGUCUUUCAAAGGUACAACUCUCCGGACAACGUCGUCGAAUAGUGGCUUCUGGAAUCCUUGCAAGCGUCGUGCUUGCUGUCCUCCUCGGCACCAUCUUUCUCAACUCGGGCAGAAAUUUGCGUAAAGCAACUACGCCAGCUUCAAGCGCGGCACUGCAGGUAAGCACCACCGGCUUGCAGAAGCGAGUCUGUUUUGCCGAUUCAGAAGGAGACAUGAUUGAAUCACUUUUCCGGAGGACCUCUUGUUCUUCUGUCCUUGGCGAUAUGAAGCGAGAGAGAUUUCGCCGGUUAGGGCUCGGCGAGAAUUGA